GCCUGGGACAUUCACGGUUAAACACUCCGAAAGCCAAUUAAAUAGGUUAAAACAUAACUAUGUGAUUGACUAAGUACAAAAAGCCACCAAGGCAGUGUGUACGACUUUAGAAACUACCCAAAACACACAGAUUCUGAGAACACAAGUAUGCUAAAACAUGUGAUUCAACAGAACUAUUUGCCGCACAGAACUUUGAUGUUGACCGAUAUAAUUUGAACAAUGCUGUCUUUUGUUUUUUUCUUUGUGGUGACGAGCGUGUGCUUUUAUUGUGUAAGAUGACGCCGGUAUUAUCGUUGCGACAUGUGCGUACUCGACGCAACUUCCUGGCAGAUUGACAGCUUCGCACUAGCAGGAGUUGUGCGAUACGCCCGUCAAGCUGAGGCUGCUUCACGGCUUUUCUAAUCAUUUGAUUUUAUCCACGAUGUUUUACUCCGGGAGCUCCCCCUUCGGAGUUUAAAAGCAUCCCGGGUGCCGGAGAGUGGCACAGACGCUUGAAACAAAAGUAAGAAGGACGCCCAAAGUGCGUGUUUGAUGGCGGCUGGGGAUGGAGCCCAGCUGCCGGCCACAGUAGCGGCCAGUCGGAGUGUGGAGAAAGCCCUGGAGGACGCCGCCGCCAGCGGGGCUCUCAACUUGGCCAACCGAAAGCUGAAGGAGUUCCCGCGGAGCGCCAGGAACUACGACCUGUCCGACAUUACCCACGCAGAUCUGUCCAAGAAUCGUCUGUGUGAGCUUCCAGAGGACCUUGGUCAGUUCAUUUCUUUAGAAACGCUGAGUCUCUACCACAAUGGUAUGCGUUCACUGUCCUCCUGCCUGGGCAACCUCCAGGCCCUUAACUACCUCAAUCUCAGCCGAAAUCUUCUGUCCAGUUUAUCUCCGUCAGUGUUUGAGCUUCCUCUUCUGCGGGUGCUCAUCAUCAGCAACAACAAGCUGUCUUCAUUGCCCGCUUCGAUAUUCUCCCUCACAAAUCUCCGACAGCUGGACGUGAGCUGUAAUGAGCUGCAGUGUUUACCCGCUGAGCUGGGUCAGCUGGAGUGUCUCCGGGACUUAAACCUGAGGAGAAACCAACUCACUGCUUUACCUGAGGAAAUCUCAGAACUACCGCUUGUCCGCCUUGAUGUGUCCUGCAAUCGCAUCACCCGGGUUCCCUUGUGCUACCGCCACCUGCGGCACCUUCAAAGCAUUUUGCUGGACAACAACCCGCUGCAGAUGCCCCCGGCACAAACCUGCUCCAAGGGCAAGUACCACAUCUUUAAGUAUCUCAACAUGGAGGCCUGUAAGAGGAGUCAGGAAGAGCUGGAGAGACACUUAAGGCCCACAGGCUUCAACAGCUGUUUGUCAGACCAGGAGCUGUUCACAAGUCAGUUUGGAGGCUUGGACUCUGGUUUUAAUAGCGUUGAUAGCGGCAGCAAAAGAUGGUCUGGAAAUGAAUCAGCAGAUGACUUCUCAGAGCGUUCCCUCCGCUUGUCUGAGGUCAGCAGAGACCAGAGAAACCUGGAGGAGGAAGAGGAGGAGGAGGAAGUCUCUCCUUUAGACGCCAGCAAUGUAAACGGCCAAGCUGAGCAGAUGGACUUCAACAGCACCGUGACAGAGAAAGAGGACGACGAGAUGAAGACAGACCUUCCAAUGCCAUCUCUUGCGACACGCCCACUUCAGCUGAAGGGGAGAGCGUCGCCGUCCCACAAUAACGACUCCACAGUAUGCCGAGUCACUUCGCACAAGGAGGUUGCCCUGCCCUCGUCAGCCUCCCCAUCACCGGUGUCCCCAUCCAGCCCCACCAUGGAGGAACGGCGCCAGCCGGGUUCGCUGCUCAUCUGGCAGGAGCGAGAGCGACUACAGCAGCAGCAGCAGGGGGAGAAGGCCAGUUUGCUGAAGUCACUCAGCAAAACAGGAAGUCUUGUGGCCUCUGCACCUCUGACAGGAAAUGGCUCAGAUGGGCCGUCGCCAGAUACCAGCCCACCCCACUGUGGACCCCAACUGAGAUGUGCAAGCACUGACCCCCUUGUGUGUUCAUCAGCACUUCUUCAGCGCUCCAGGAGCAGGACAGACGGACUGUCCUCCCCAAAGACGUCUCCUCCGCCUGUAGAGAGCCAGAAACCCAACAGCUUCUUGUUCCGCACGUCAUCUCGUAGCAAUGUCAGGCCUGCGGGUUUGUCUUCCUUUGAGUCUCGUAUCACAUUUAGUCCGUCUAAAGAAGAAAGCGCGGAUGUCGCGCAGCUCCGCAAAACGCUGGAGACACGGCUGAAGAUCACCCUGCCGGAGGACCUGGGGGAGGUGCUGUCCAACGGCACUGUCCUUUGCCAGCUGGUCAACAGCAUCCGAGCUCGCUCUGUGUCCAUCAUUCACAUUCCGUCCCCUGCAGUGCCAAAACUGAGCUCAGCCAAGAGUCGACUCAACGUGGAACACUUUCUCGCCGCGUGUCGCAAGCUGGGCGUCCCCGAGGAUUCCUUAUGCUCACCUCAACUCAUCGCGGAGGAAGACGGCCUGAGUCGACUGGCCCACACGGUCCAGGUUCUGGUGGGACUGGCUGACAGAUCCACGUGACUUGCAAGCAUUCAGAACCUGCAGUCAGAAUGUUUGACCUCCCAACGUGAAGUAAAUUGUCUGCAAAAGACUUGCUGGGUAUUUUAUUUUUGUCCCACAAGGAAAAUAGGGACCCGAGACCUUUGAACCCAAGCUCAACUGUUUCAACUGGUGUGCCCAAAAAAUUGCUUAAUAUUGGUUCAUCAAGUACGUCCUUUGCCGCCAAAUGAUCAGAGUGCGUGCUACAAUAUUUCAUUAUCUCUGAAGAAAGCACACUUGGAUGCAGUUUAAAGUAGUCACUGUACAGCUUGUACAGUGUGGCCUCAAAACCUGAUUUUUUUUAUGGGUGGUGGGUGCAGAUGGUAGAGCAGCCGUGCCAACAACUUGAGGGUACCAGGUUUGAUUCCAGCUUCCACCAUCUUAGUCACAGCUGUCGGGUCCUUGGGCAAGAGCCUUUGGUGUCGUGGGUGGCUUCUGCCAUCAGUGUGUGAAUGAGUGUGUGUGAAUGGUUGAAGGUGAUGUAUUGUGUAAAGCGCUUUCGGUGUCAUUCCAAGUGUGGUAAAGCCCAGUAUAAAUACACCACAUUUACCAAUAAGGCCUUGAAGUGUUAGCAUCUGACAGCAUGAAGCCGAACCACUUAAAAGGCCAUCUAGAACAUUGAUCCCUAACCUUUUUUUGCACCACAGACCGGUUUAAUGUAGGCAUUACUUUCAGGGACCGGCUUUCCACUUGUGCCAGAUAUAUACAGUGGGGCAAAAAAGUAUUUAGUCAGCCACCGAUUGUGCAAAUUCUCCCACUUAAAAUGAUGACAUCCAUCCAUCCAUCCAUCCAUCAUCUUCCGCUUAUCAGAGGUCGGGUCGCGGGGGCAACACCCUAAGCAGGGAAACCCAGACUUCCCUCUCCCCAGCCACUUCGUCUUAGGUACACUUCAACUGUGAGAGACAGAAUGUGAAAAAGAAAAUCCAGGAAUUUACAUUGUAGGAAUUCUAAAUAAUUCAUUUGUAAAUUAUGGUGGAAAAUAAGUAUUUGGUCAACCAUUCAAAGCUCUCACUGAUAGAAGGAGGUUUUGUCUCAAAAUCUCACGAUACAUGGCCCCAUUCAUUCUUUCCUUAACACGGAUCACUUGUCCUGUCCCCUUAGCAGAAAAACAGCCCCAAAGCAUGAUGUUUCCACGUCCAUGUUUCCCCUAUGGUGUUCUUGGGAUGCAACUCAGUAUUCUUCUUCCUCCAAACACGACGAGUUGAGUUUAUACCAAAAAGUUCUAUUUUGGUUUCAUCUGACCACAUGACAUUCUCCCAAUCCUCUGCUGUAUCAUCCAUGUGCUCUCUGGCAAACUUCAGACGGGCCGGGACAUGCACUGGCUUAAGCAGGGGGGCACGUCUGGCACUGCAGGAUUUGAUUCCCUGUCGGCGUAGUGUGUUACUGAUGGUAACAUUUGUUACUUAGGUCCCACCUCUCUGCAGGUCAUUUACCAGGUCCCCCGUGUGGUUCUGGGAUUUUUGGUCACCGUUCUCAUGAUCAUUUUGACCCCACGGGAUGGGAUCUUGCGCGGAGCCCCAGACCGAGGGAGAUAAUCAGUGGUCUUGUAUGGCUUCCAUUUUCUGAUAAUUGCUCCCACAGUUGAUUUUUUUCACACCACGCUGCUUGCCUAUUGUAGAUUCACUCUUCCCAGUCUGGUGCAGGUCUACAAUUCUUUUCCUGGUGUCCUUCGACAGCUCUUUGGUCUUGGCCAUGGAGGAGUUUGGAGUCUGACUGUGUGAGGCUGUGGACAGGUGUCUUUUAUACAGAUAACGAGUUCAAACAAGUGCCCUUAAUACAGGUAACGAUUGGAGGACUGAAGAGCUUAUUAAAGAAGAAGUUACAAGUCUGUGAGAGCCAGAGAUCUUCCUUGUUUGAAGUGACCAAAUCCUUUUUUUCCACCAAAAUUUACAAAUAAAUUCUUUAAAAUUCCUACAAUGUGAAUUCCUGGAUUUUUUUUUCACAUUCUGUCUCUCACAGUUGAAGUGUACCUAUGAUGAAAAUGACAGACCUCUGUCAUCCUUUUAAGUGGGAGAACUUGCACAAUCGGUGGCUAACUAAAUACUUAUUUGCCCCACUGUACAGCAAAAAUAAGUGCAUGAAAAAUACAACUCACUGUAACGCUGAAAUUAGUUGGAGCCCUGGACUUGUUUAUUUGCAAUGAGAUGCAGAUGGAAAUCAGCCUUUGGCUACAAUCUGUCACAUUUUAUAUGUUCAUUAAUGUGCAUUGUAUCAUGUCACAAAAUUAUAAAAAAAUAUAUAACGAAUGGAAAAUUCCUAUGAGGAGUUUUAUUGUACAUCUUUAAACAAGCUCAAAACAGGCGAAGGUUAAGUCGGAGAAAAUGUGAAUUAUAUUUACAAAGCGCUUUUUCUCUAGUAACUCAAAGCGCUUUACAUAGUGAAACCCAAAAUCUAAGUUACAUUUAAAGCAGUGAGGGUGUUACUGGGAGCACGUGGGUAAAGUGUUUUGCCCAAGGACACGACGGCAGUGACUAAGAUGGCGGAUGCGGGGAUCGAACUUGGAACCCUCAGGUUGCUAGCACGGCCACUCUACCAACCGAGCUAAACCACGCUAUAAAAUGCAGUCGUUUAUAAAUGAUUUAAUGUUUCUCUGCGGCCCGGUAGCAAAUGUGUCACGGACCGGAGGUUGGGGACCACUGAUCUACAACACAGGUAAAGUGAAGUGAAUUAUAUUUAUAUAGCGCUUUUCUCUAGUGACUCAAAGCGCUUUACACAGUAAAACCCAAUAUCUAAGUUACAUUUAAAACAGUGAGGUUGUCACUGGGAGCAGGUGGGUAAAGUGGUUUGCCCGAGGACACAACGGCAGUGACUAGGAUGGCGGAAGUGCGGAUCGAACCUGGAACCCUCAAGUUGCUGGCACGGCCACUCUACCAACCGAGCAAUACCGCACUAUAAAAUUCAGUCGUUUAUAAAUGAUUUAAAUGUUUCUCUGCGGCCCGGUAGCAAAUGUGUCACGGACUGGUAUUGGGCCCCGGACCGGAGGUUGGGGAUCAUUGAUCUACAACACAGGUGAAGUGAAGUGAAUUAUAUUUAUAUAGCGCUUUUCUCUAGUGACUCAAAGCACUUUACAUAGUGAAACCCAAAAUCUAAGUUACAUUUAAAGCAGUGAGGGUGUUAAUGGGAGCAGGUGGGUAAAGUGUUUUGCCCAAGGACACGACGGCAGUGACUAAGAUGGCGGAUGCGGGGAUCGAACUUGGAACCCUCAGGUUGCUAGCACGGCCACUCUACCAACCGGGCUAAACCACGCUAUAAAAUGCAGUCGUUUAUAAAUGAUUUAAUGUUUCUCUGCGGCCCGGUAGCAAAUGUGUCACGGACCGGAGGUUGGGGACCACUGAUCUACAACACAGGUAAAGUGAAGUGAAUUAUAUUUAUAUAGCGCUUUUCUCUAGUGACUCAAAGCGCUUUACAUAGUAAAACCCAAUAUCUAAGUUACAUUUAAAACAGUGAGGUUGUCAUUGGGAGCAGGUGGGCAAAGUGUUUUGCCCGAGGACACAACGGCAAUGACUAGGAUGGCGGAAGUGCGGAUCGGACCUGGAACCCUCAAGUUGCUGGCACGGCCACUCUACCAACCGAGCAAUACCGCACUAUAAAAUUCAGUCGUUUAUAAAUGAUUUAAUAUUUCUCUGCGGCCCGGUAGCAAAUGUGUCACGGACCGGUAUUGGGCCCCGGACCGGAGGUUGGGGAUCAUUGAUCUACAACACAGGUGAAGUGAAGUGAAUUAUAUUUAUAUAGCGCUUUUCUCUAGUGACUCAAAGCACUUUACAUAGUGAAACCCAAUAUCUAAGUUACAUUUAAAGCAGUGUGGGUGUCACUGGGAGCAGGUGGGUAAAGUGUCUUGCCCAAGGACACAAUAGUAUUGACUAGGAUGGCGGAAGCAGGGAUCGAACCUGCAACCCUGAAGUUGCUGGCACAGCCGCUCUACCAACCGAGCUAUACCGCCCCUGCAUACCCAGGUCUUCAACAUGGGUAUGCAGGGAGCGCUAUGACAUUCCUGGUUGCUUUUUUGUAAUUUUUUAAAACAUAUUUAGCACCGGAAUUUCUCCUCAAAUGGGAAUGUUUUUGAAUACACCUGAACAUUGAGCCCACACACUGUCAUGUAGUUGAAUGUGUGCAAAUAAUUAAAGUUAAAGUACCAAUGAUUGUCACACACACAUUAGGUGUGGCAUAAUUACCCUCUGCAUUUACCCAUCACCCUUGAUCACACCCUGGGAGGUGAGGGGAGCAGUGAGCAGCAGCGGUGGCCGCACCCGGCAAUCAUUUUGGGUGAUUUAACCCCCAAUUCCAACCCUUUGAUGGGUCCCGUUUUUAUAGUCUUUGGUAUAACUCGGCCGGGGUUUGAACUCAAACUAUUACAACAUGAAUCACCAACAACGAUAUUGUUAUAUUCAUAUUAGCAUUAGAGAUAACUAGUGUUUAGGGCUCUAGUUGUCAGCUAGCGAGUAACACAUUGAUUCUUAAAUGGCAGGCUCCAUCUUGUGGUACGCCAAAGAUUAGAUUCAUCAUUUAAGUACGGUGUUUUAUAUUCUUAUAUUGAAAGACAGUGUUACUGUUCAAAAUGUGUGUACUGUUACAGUGGCCAAAUGUAUCAAAUAUACUUGUUAAAUAAAACCUGUGCCUUGUU